AUUGUUUCGAAUUCGAGUCGCGAUGCACGACAAUAAUAUAACCUAGCCGGCUUAUUGGAAUGUUGUUGAUUUUGAAAUCGAAUACUCAAAUAAAAUGGUCUCACUCAAGUUCCUUUGCUUUGUUAUUAACAGUGUAGCUGUUACAUUUUUCAUGUAUUACCUCAAUAUCUCCUACUUGUAUCAUUUUUACGAAGACUGGCUCUUCUGCGACUUCAAGAACUCUUCGAAAUACGACUAUAUCAUUGUUGGAGCUGGAAGCGCAGGAUCGAUACUGGCCAAGAGAUUAGCUGAUGCUGGAGCCAAUAUACUACUGGUUGAAGCUGGUGGCGUACCCAGCUAUUUUUUCAACAUUCCAAUCCUCACGCCUCUGUUUUUAAAUACCGUCUAUGACUGGCAGUACGUAACUGUUCCUCAAGAAAAUGCUUGCAAAGGCUUGAUCAACAAUCAAAGUGCAUGGCCAGCGGGAAGAAUUUUAGGUGGAUCAAGCAGACUCAAUAACAUGAUCUAUGUCAGAGGUCAUCCCAAAGACUACGACCCUUGGUUCUUAGAUUACGAAGAUCCAACUGUUGGAAAUGGAGGUCCAUUGUAUGUAAAUGAUCAGACUUUGCAUUCAGAGCUGUCUGAUGCAAUACUGAAAGGUGUGAGACAAUUGUUGUAUCCCAUUGGAAAUAUUAAUGAAGAAUUAUCGACAGGCUUCAUGAAAGUACAACUGACAAUUAAGGAUGGAGAACGUUGGAGUACAGAUAGAAUUUUGUACGGAAACAGAAAAAAAAGACUGCGGAUCAUGAUAAACUCAUUAGUUCAUAAGAUUCUAUUUCAAGGGAGCAAAGCAGUAGGGAUACAAUUUUCAAGACAGAGACAGACAUUCAAAGCACUUGCAAGCAAGGGUGUGAUAGUAAGUGCUGGAGCUGUUGGUUCACCAAAGUUGUUAAUGUUAUCAGGAGUUGGACCUAAGGAACAUUUAAAUAAUCUGAAAAUACAAACUGUAGCAGAUUUGCCAGUUGGACAUAACCUCAUGGACCACUUAAUUACUGGACUAGAUUUGAUAACACUAAAGAAGAACAUAGCUAUGAGUAUUGUUGACCUGCUCAAUCCUUAUUCAAUGCUAGAGUAUUACUUACACGGCACAGGACCCUGGACAUCAGGAGGAGUAAAUGUACUUGGCACAUUUCAUAGUAAGUUUCAAAAAGAUAUGUUAUCUGAACCAGAUCUCCAGAUAAUGACAUUUCCUGUUGGAAUAUCACAAGACAAUGGAAUCUUGAUGAAAAAAAAUUUAAGAAUCAUUGAUGAAACUUAUGAUGAGUACUUUGCGCCUCUUGCAUACCAGACAACAAUUUCAGUGGCUCCUGUUUUGUUGCAUCCAAAAAGUAAGGGAGAGAUAAGACUGAAAAGUCCAGAUCCAUUUGAUGCUCCUGUAAUUGAUCCAAAAUAUUUGUCAAAUGAAGAGGAUCUACUUAAACUGAUAGAUGGGAUUUAUUUCGUCAAGAAACUAAUCAAGACUGAUGCGAUGAAAAAACUUGGAGCUGAAUUGUACAAAAAACCAUUUCCAGGCUGUGAAAAUAUUGUUUUUGAUACAUUAGAAUAUUGGAAAUGCUAUGUGAGUCAUUUGACAAUGACUACUUAUCAUUUUGCAGGGACUUGCCAAAUGGGCAAUGUAGUUAACUCUGAUUUUGGUGUGUACAAAACAAGUAACUUAUUUGUUGUUGAUGCUUCAGUUUUGCCCAAGCUACCGAGUGGUAAUAUAAAUGCACCUAUCGUAAUGCUUGCGGAGAAAGCUGCUAAAUUGCUCAUUAAGCACUUGAAUAAAGGUACUACUGAAAGACUGCUCAAAUGUAACGUGCAAGAUUUAUUUUCGUUACUCUAUAGUUGUUAUUAAAUAUUGAAGAUUUUUGGGAAUUCUCGAAAACAAUGUGGAAAUUAUAGAGAAAAAAAUGAAAAUGUGAUAUUUUUAUAUGUACUCUUAAAUAAACAAUUUAUUUACCGUUUUCUAGAAA